AUGUCGGAAACUACGCAUCCCGAUACCACGUCAGUCGCCCCAAAGCCAGCAGAGCCAGCUCUCCCACAACCGCCUCCUCCCGCCCCAGUACCGCGCUACCUAAAGACGCGAACCGACUUCUCCGUCUUAGCAACGAAUCCGAAAUUCCAAGAGCUACUCAAAACACACCCAAUAUUACUUCCUUCACUCCAACGCGUUUACGCCAAGACAAUAAAGCCAGACCCAGAAGCUGAGAACCGGCGGCGCAUGCUCGAACGGAACGCUUCCCGGGGGAGAGGCAUGAGAGGAAGGGGCCGAGGAGCAUGGAGGGGUGGACACGGAGGUUGGAGGGGAGGGCAUGAGAAGAAGGGAGACAAGGACGCGAUGGAGGAGUUGAAGGGUAUAAGAGAAGGGGAGGGGAAAGAGGGAGAGAAAGAUGCCAUGGCCGAGUUUGUGGGGCUGGUCGAAGAGCUGUUCGGGCAGCAUGAGAAGGAUGCGAUGGAAGAGGUCUGA